GAAUUACCAUGUGUGCCUAUAAAACAUUACGCCUAAGAUUCAAGUUUUAUAAAAAAGGAGGUGUUAUAAUUAGCCAUGCUUGUGCACGGUGCAGGAGAAGUACUGGUGCCUGCGCAUUUGCACUUUGGGAAAUUUAUUUUGGACCGGCUGAGAGAGACAGACCCCGAGCGUAAUUGUUUGAUUAGCAACACUACUAAAUACAACCUUACGUUCAAGGAGGUAUCGCAGUUUGUAGUCCGACUGUCAGUGGGUCUGACGCAACAGGGGGUGGGGAAGGGAGACACGGUGGUGGUGGCAGGUGAACCCCCCGGCACUUCUUUCCCUACUGGACUUGCCGUAAUACUGACUGGCGCAACACUCGCUCUUAUAGACAUACAAUGUGGCGAAGCAAUCCUCAAGCAUAAAUUAAACUUAACAAAGCCGAAAUAUAUAAUCUGCACUCGAAAAUUCUUGGAGGCCUUCAGUGAUGUACUAAAGGGUUCGAAUUUCAUCAAAACCUUCAUUUGUUUCGAUGACGUCGAAGGUAUGGAAUCAGUGGCGACCCUAGUGUCAAGCCAAGAGGUGGAUAUGGAUCAGUUUGAGCCAACGGCCGUGGAGGGUCAGACCGACGUAGCGCUGAUCUCGUUCUCAUCUGGAACAACUGGGUUAUCCAAAGGCGUCCUCCUGACACACCUUAAUCUUAUUGCGAGGAGCAUUUCGAUUACACAGUGGUAUUUUGACUACAAUUCUUUGUACGCCGAACCCUUGCAAGUCGGUUUCUUCUCGGAGCCCGAUCGGACUUCCUUUUAUGACUUCAAUAUGAUGUGUACAUUACUAUGCUCUGGACAAACAGUUGUUUACUCGGAAAGCGAUGUGGAUUUGAAGUAUGUUAAAGAAUUUCAGGUGCAUACGAUGCCCACCGUGCCUGCGAUUAUAGAAAUGAUGGUAAACGCUCCAGAUUUGAGUUCACUCAAGCUAGUCUGUACAGUCGGCUCACCGCUUAAUCGCCGCACUGCAAAACUGCUACAAGAAAGAUAUCCUGGUAUCAAACUAGUAAAUUUGUACGGCACCACGGAAACUGGCUCCAUUACUACAACACAAAAUAAGGCGUUUGACUUCGAUGUGGUACAACAGGACCCGAAGGCAGACGGUUAUUGCGUUGGCUACGCUGUUCCAGGGGUUACAAUCAAGGUCGUGGAUGUAGAAACGCGAAAAAUUCUAGGUCCGAACCAGCGUGGAGAGCUAUGUGUCCGGGGUCCACGUCUCAUGAAGGACUACCUGGGUGCAACCGAGCCAUACUUGGACGAGCAGGGGUACUACCUGACGGGUGAUCUGGGCUACUUUGAUGAUCAAAAACGAAUUUAUUUGGUGAACAGGCUGAAAGAUGUUAUUAAUUACAUGGGGCAAAAGGUGUCUCCAGGAGACGUGGAAUCCGUACUACUGCAACACCCAGCGGUGCAGGAGGCAGCAGUGGUGGGCAAACCUGCUGGAGUGGAGGGGGAAGAACUACCCACCGCUUUCGUGGUGUUGCGAGCAGGCACCGCCGCUACUGAGACUGAACUUGUCCACUACGUGGCUAAACAGGUGACCUGGUAUAUGCAGCUUCGCGGAGGCGUGAGGUUUGUCCUGGAGCUUCCCAGAAACGCAAUGCAGAAGGUCCUGCGCAGACGCCUCAGGGAGAUACUCACACAGGAAUAGUGCGAGAGGGACAUCACUAUACGAUCUCCCCAAACCUAUCGACGCUGAAUCGACUUGUGCCGGCCAAAAAUCGCUUGUUAGUAACUUACUAUUUAUAUUAAACUUACUAUUUAUACAGAACCAUUAAUAAAAUUGUAAAUGCUG